AUGGCCUCCAAGUUCCUCAGAGAGUACAAAUUGGUUGUUGUCGGAGGAGGUGGUGUCGGAAAGUCAUGCCUCACGAUUCAAUUGAUUCAGAGUCACUUUGUUGAUGAAUAUGAUCCGACAAUUGAAGAUUCGUACCGCAAGCAGUGUGUCGUCGAUGAUGAGGUCGCUUUAUUGGACGUCCUAGAUACUGCUGGUCAGGAGGAAUACUCGGCAAUGCGCGAACAGUACAUGCGGACCGGCGAAGGCUUCCUGUUGAUCUACUCCAUCACAUCGCGCCAAUCGUUCGAAGAAAUCAUGACCUUCCAACAACAAAUCCUGCGUGUCAAGGACAAGGACUACUUCCCCAUCAUUGUGGUCGGCAACAAGUGCGAUUUGGAGAAGGAGCGUGUCGUGACGGUAGAAGAGGGUGAAGAAUUGGCUCGUCAAUUCGGCUGCAAAUUCAUCGAAACAUCAGCAAAGUCGCGCAUCAACGUCGAGAACGCCUUCUACGACCUUGUCCGUGAGAUCCGCCGGUACAACAAAGAGAUGUCGAACCCCUCCGGCUCGGGCGCGUUCGGUUCACGCGCUCCUGAAGGCAAGAUGGAUGUGAGCGAGCCAGGCGAAAGCGCUGGCUGCUGCGGAAAAUGCAUUGUUAUGUAA